AUGGGUCAUGCUUCAAAACGACUAGUGACCAAUGCCUCCCGGCUCCCAUCCGUCUCCACCUCCCAUCUCCCAAAAUUCCCGCCAAGGGAAGCCCUCUUCCUCCGUGACCAGGAAAUUCCUCAGCCUGAAUUCGAACCCGAAGUUUGGGCUUCCCUGCAGCCACCCCCGCCCUCUGCGCUCUCAGCCUUUGCAAGCAGAAUAGGCCUCUCUUCUAUCCUAUCGACGACAGAGUUGAUACAACAAGCUUGCACCCAUUCCUCCUUUGUCGCCUUCCACCAGCAUCACUAUCCCUCUGAACCGGCUCCCAUAUCUAAUGCCCAGCUUGCAACAAUAGGAAACUCGUUAAUGGGUCUAUUUGCAACGGAACAUAUAAAUGCAACCUAUCCGUAUCUUCCUACGCGCGUUUUGAAGGCUGCCAUAACUGCUCAUGUCGGUUCCAUGACUUGUGCUAGUGUUGCCAAUGAGAUGGGUUCAGCGCCCCUUCUACGAUGGCACAGAACGCCAAACACACCUAACCGACCCGGUAUUCUGCACCCCGACGCUCUAUCAUCGAUACCGAGAGCGAUAACUGCUUUGAUAUAUCAAAAACGAUCGCUUCUAUCUGCUCGGAAAUUCGUCCAUUCAUACUUCCUUACUCGAGAAAUAGAUCUCCGUGGCAUGAUUAAAUUCCGGGACCCAAAGGCGGCUUUGCUGGAGAUGGUGGCGAAAUUUGGAGCAGAAAGACCAAAAUCAAGGCUAGCAACAGUCAUUUCUAUUUUUCUACUACUUCGUGAGACCGGUCGUUUUUCUAGAGCUCCUGUCUUUGUCGUGGGCGUAUUUUCUGGAGAAGACCAGCUGGGAGAAGGAUUUGGUAGCUCCCUCAAGAUGGCCGAGUAUCGGGCCGCUGAAGAUGCUCUACUUCGAGUAUAUCUUACACGGACUCCGUCACACUUAGUGCAGCUACCGACAUCCACAUUUUCGCAGAAUCCGGGAGACAUAUUCCGGAUGGCACCAGAGGGUGAGUAUAUACCCCCAGAUCUGGUUGCGUCUGAGAUCAUGUACGAGAGUUCGGGGAAGGGCAGAGCUGCGCCAGGCGUAACAUUGCAAGGUUGA